AUGGACGGAUCUCCCGUCAAGGCGGAGGAGUCGGCAGACCACCGCAAGAGCGGAUACAAGUCAUGGAAGAAGAAGUAUCGCAAGAUGCGCAUUGUUUUCGAUCAAAAGAUGCAAGAAGGCGAGGAUCUACACAAGCGGGAGGAUAAAGCUUCUGCUACGGUCAAAAGAUUAGCUGUUGAGAAUGACCGCCUGCUAGAUCUCCUCCUCGAUGUCAACAACUCGCCGCAAAUCCCCCUCGACAAACGAAUAGAUGUGUCCCUAAAGCCAUCCCCAGGUGCCAAGAUCGUCCUCCCAAUUGACAGCAAGCAUGCACCCCAAAAGGAGCUCAGCAUCAAGAAACUCCAGCAACUCCUCGAGGAGAUCCCUCACUCAACGUACACCUCGGCCAAGGACUCGAAGCGCUCCUACGUCAGUGACUUGGCUGCUCCCGAGGGCGAACCCUUCCCGCCUAGCUUCUUGUCCGCCGACGACAUUGAUAACUACAUCCACGAUAUCGACAGCUCAAUAGACCCGGAGACACACAUACCCACGCUCGCUCCUCGGGCCCAUCCGAGCACCAACCCAAUUCAACACGCUCACCUGAAAAACCCCACAAGCGUAACCAACUGGUUGCGCAAACACGCGCCCAAGAUCUUCCUCCAAGACGGAGAGGCUCACGAUGGCGAUGACGAGGGUCAAGCAGGCCACCAUACAGGUGGUCGCAAGACGCGUGGAUCCCGAGGCGAGCGUGGUGGCGGUCGCGGCCGUGGUAAACGAGGCAGCCUGGCCUCAAGAAUGGCCGAUCGGGAGCGAGAGCGCGAUCGCGGCGAAUGGGACGCUAGCAUGGACGAGGAUGCCGAUUUUGGCACACCCGUGGGCAGAGGCAAGCGCAAGAGGGACGACGAUCCUGGUUAUAGACCCGGAGGGUCUGGUGGCCGUCCAGUCAAGAAGAAGAGAAAGAGCGACAUGGAUGGUACGCCAGCUGCUCGAAAGUCCAAGAAGGAAGCUGCCUCGAGGGAUGAUUAG